CACACAUAAUGUGUUGUAAUAUUUUGGUUGGUUCUCCUUUCUUGUUUAUAUUUUUAUGGUAAUUUGGUUCAUUGGAUGGAUUUUACCAUAAUAUUUUCUACAUGCUUCCUUCUUUAGUCAUAAAUAUAAUAUCUUUGGCUUGUCGUAAGAGAUUACCGUUAGUCGAUGGAAAGAAAAUAUAAUUUAAAAAGUCCAGCCGUGAAACGUUUAAUGCGAGAAGCCAAAGAACUUCGAGAACCGACAGCUCAAUAUUAUGCCCAACCACUUGAGGAUAAUCUCUUUGAGUGGCAUUUCACAGUUCGAGGUCCAGCUGAUAGUGACUUUGAAAAUGGUCGCUAUCAUGGACGUAUCAUAUUACCACCAGAAUAUCCCAUGAAACCCCCAAGUAUCAUGUUGUUAACUCCUAAUGGUCGAUUUGAACUUGGUAAAAAGAUCUGUCUAAGUAUGUCUUCACAUCAUCCUGAAACCUGGCAACCUUCGUGGAGCAUACGAACUGUCCUUUUGGCCAUCAUUGGUUUCAUGCCUUCGAAAGGAGGAGGAGCUAUUGGUGCUUUGGAUUAUACAAGCAAUGAAAGAAAAAUUUUGGCCAAAAAAUCGAUAAAUUGGACUUGUAAUGUCUGUGGCAGUUGUAAUUCCGAUUCCCUGAAAGAGGAUUGUGACAAUGAUUUAAGCACAAGCAAUGAAGACAAAGAACUAGCUUCACAGAUAAAUUUCAAAGGUGAAAACGAGAAAAAAUCAGAGGAAAAGAUGCAAAGCAAUGGCGAGAAAAAUGGCGAUGUUCCUCAUGGCAAUGCAGUUGAAGGUGAAAACGUACAGAAUAUUGUAUCAAAUCAAGAUGAAACAAAUGUAGUUGAGAGUCAGGCAGAUACUGUGGAAAGAAGUUCUUUAAGAAAGAGAAGUCGACGGUCUUCGAGUAAAAAACAUGAACUGAAAAGAAAGAACUCUUUACAAUGUACAGAAUCACAAAAUAGUGGAUACCUUUCAUUGAUUUUAAUAUUCAUUUUUAGCAUGUGUUUGUUUCUGUUAGUACUGCGUAGAAUUUAUUAUAAAUGAUAGCGCGUGUUGUUUUUGUACUCCAUAUAAAUCACAAUUAACGAUAAUUAUUAUAAUUCAUUUAUUUAUGUGUAUAUUUUGAAUAAAUCUAAAAUCAAUAUGUAAAUUUAAAUUUCCAUUUUGAAAGUACGCUAUUUUUCAAUAAGUUUAAAUCAAUUUUAAUUUACGAUGAAAGAUAA